GUACCCGUCGUCCAUCAUGAGCUCGUCCAACUUCGACUUAGCCCCAAAAGGCCUCAAGGAGCUGUUCCUCAAGCACGCCGGCAAAAGCGGCAAAAAGGACAGCAUGAACAAGGGAGAGCUGAAGGCCUUGCUGCAUGAGCUGUUCCCGGGACUGCUUGAGGCACUUUACACGUGAUGGGAUGGACGGAAAUAAAAAUGGGAGUCGGAAGAAGAGAGAGAAGUUGGAAGUUUUGACUUUGCCGUCGGUGACACUUUCUAAAAAUGUGUCGUUGAACACCUCCUCCCAGAAUGCCAAAGACCCGGAAGCAGUGGACAAGCUGAUGAAGGCGCUGGACCACAACAACGACUGCGAGGUGGACUUCGACGAGUUCGUGGUCCUGAUCACGGCUGUGGUCAAUGCCUCCGGGAGACGCUGAGAAGGGGGAGAACAUGUCGUUGCUGAAAAGUCCAUCAAGGCAUCAUUCUUAUUUUUAUGUUAAAAUAGUUUGAAUACAAUGUUUGGCAAUUGUCUUUGCCAGUGUUUUUUUUUUUUCUUUUUCUGGAAAGCCUUAUAUCCUACAAAUUAAAAGUUACUCAAAAUAUUGCAUUUUAGGUUGGGACCACACACACACACACACACACACGCACACACACACACACACACACACACACACACACACACACACACACACACACACACACACACACACAUGCACACACACACACACACACACACGCACGCACAUGCACAUAAAUAAAUAAAAGGUCAAUUAACUUAAGAUAUUCUGUCCUUUGUUUCACCGUGGUCCAUAAUUGCUUGAUAGGUGGUUGUUAUGAGGUCAUACAGUUGAACAUCGUCGAUGUUCAACUCAGCUUUGCCAAUUAAGGAGUGGUUAUAUCGUUUUUAUAAUGAAAGAAGCUACGCCUUUAUUAAGCAAACAGACUUUUAAUCUGAGGAUAACUUUCAUUUGUGAGCCAAAAGGUUCAUCGGUCACUGGAGGUUACACUUUUAUUUUAAUUAAUUUCAGCUAUAGUUAAAACCUCUUUAAGGUAAGGUAGUUGGGUCGUGACUACCUUAAAACUUUUAACAAGACUCAGUGUUGUCUUCGCUCUUCAAGAAUAAAAUAGUUCGGGGAGACAGAAAUUCUCUACUGCCCCUGUGUGGCGGACAAAUGCACUCCCAGUCUGACAGCUCUCUCUCUCUCUCUCUCUCUCUCUCUCUCUCUCUCUCUCUCUCUCUCUCUCUCUCUCUCUCUCUCUCUCUCUCUCUCUCUCUCUCUCUCUCUCUCUCUCUAAUUCAAUA